AUGCGGAGGGCAGAUGAUAAAGCUCAGAACCUUUAUGGAUCCGAAAGCAUGCCUGUGGUUGCCGUCACUAGUGUUGACCAUCAAAAAGGUCCAUGGGGUCCACCGUCAUCAGCUCAUUAUAAAGCGAGAUCGAAGAAGAAGAAGACGAGCCUGAAUAUUCAAGAAGAAGAAAGGUAUUUGACUUCAAUAAGAGCACGGGGGUCCCUGGAUAGCAUUAGAGAAGAGGAUCGACGUCAAGUUGUAGGCUUGGAAUUGGAGGAGCAGUGCAGCAGCAGAACUAGUACUCUGUUUUCGUUCGAUUUCCACGAGGGGGAAUCAGAAGAUGCAGUGUACUAUGUGGCACUAGUGCAGGGGGGGCAGCAAAGGGCCGCCGAUCAGGACUCAGCCAGCAUGGAUGCGCUUUUAUGGACGCUCAAUCACGCCGCCACCGCCAACAAUGAUCCAACUACCACUCCUCUGCUCUUUCUAGUCCAUGUCUUCCCCGAGAUUAAGCACAUCCCAACCCCGCUGGGAAUGAUGCCAGUGAGUCAAGUGAACCCUGAGCAGAAGGAAAUUUACAUGGCUCAAGAAAGGGGGAAGCGCACACAAUUCCUUGACAAGUUUCUCAUGCAUGUUCCUCUGCUGCCGAGGUUCGUACCUGUCAUACUCUUACUACUAAAUUUGAGCAAUAAAAUCUGCAAAUUUGGUGGUGUUGGGGGUUUGACAACAUUAUGGAACAGUAACUCUUUGCAAUUUGAUCAGGUUAAGGUGGACACCAUUCUUAUUGAAAGUGACGCGGAGGCAAAAGCAAUAUUAGACCUCAUUCCCAUCCUCAACAUAAGAAAACUUGUGCUGGGCACCACCAAAGCCAUCCUCAGGAAGGUGAGGUCUAAGAGAUCAGCGAGUGGAGUGAUCGAUCAGAUAGUAAAAGGUGCACCUGAGUUCUGCGAGGUGAAGGUAAUAUGUGAGGGAAAGGAGACGCUUGAUUUCAUGAUCAGGGAUUCUCCCUCUGGAACCUCUCCCUCUCCACAGGCCAGGGUACCUACUCCGACAACAACCAUACUUCCCAACCUAUGCACAGUCAACAACGUUCAAGCAGUGCUACCGAUCAAUCCUUCAGCUGUGGAUGCUUCAAACCCAAGGUAGCUGAUUUCUAAAACAGCAAAUCCUGCAUUCAAGAGCUGAGAGAGUCGAUGCUCAUGCACCUGGGUGAAUAGCUCAGUUGGGAGAGCGUCCGACUGAAGGUGAUCCGCGCUCACCGCAAACGUUGUCUCAUCUUAAUCACUUUAAUGUUCAUUCUUAAGUAUACUUUCUACCUGGUGAUCAUCAGAGUCUGGCCCACAAUAUUGUUGUUUACCAAUUGCUUAAUUUUGUUCAUUGUGUAUAUAGCUUCUUAGUUUAUAUUAUACCAAUAAUCAAAGUUUUGCACAGAAAUGUAAUAUGCUAAAGGGUUUAGGCAAAAUAUAUUAUUAUAUAUUGCAUCUCAAA